GCUCGGUCCGGCGGGCUGAGGCCCACUAGGCCAUCAGACGGCAACCUCUCGACGGCGGACCGCAAGGAGCCGGCCGACCGCCGACGAGCCGGCGGCGACGUCGAUCGCCUCGCGCUCGGCGCUAGCGGCACUGCUCGCCAACCUUGUCCAGCGCCGGCUGAUUCCGCCCCGGUUUCCUCGCUCUUUCCUCUGAACUGGCUCCGCCUCCUUCCCUGACGGACGCUUCGGCGCCUCACCUCGUUCGUCAGUCCUCCGGCACAGCAUGCUCUGCCUUCCUGUCGGGAUGUGCGGUUUAUAGCCUCCAGUUAUUGCUUCCAGGAUCAUAGUUAGGGAAUGAGCCAAUACGGAAUUCGUGAUGAGUUGAUGACAACAAAUGUCUGCUCCCUUUUUGUUUCUGCUAACCUGGAGAUUAGGUAAUCACAUGACUUCAGUUUGUUUAUAUUUUCUCACAUGUUGCUUGUAGUGUGCCCUACGGUAUCACCUUCAGUGGUCACCCUCAUGCUUCAGACCUCAACUACACAGAGCUCAGUUUCAGAAUUGGGAGCUAUGAAUCAGUAAGUUAAGAUGACCCAUGUCUAUUCGUAUGAUGCAAGAUCAAUCAAUAGGAAUUCCUUGUAUAUCUUUUCCCAAACGGCAAACAGUACAUUACUUAGCAGGUAUGCAUAUUCUGAUGUUUAAGCAUAGUUUUUCUUUUUGUGUAAACAAUGAACAUGCAACAGUUAAUGAAAUCUUCUUUUUUUCGCGACCGGGACUGAGCACGUUUUUCAUUAAGAGGUAGAAGAAACAAAGUUCGUUACAAAGGAGAUAAGGAGCAGAGGUCCUUACUCCAAAGAAAAAACAUCUAGUUCUAUUACACGCCUAACAUUUGGCGACCAAGAUCUCUACCACAAGCAGCUACGAAGAAACUCAGCUGCCUAAAACGAGCUAGCAACCAAGAUAGAGCUUCUUCCUCCAGACAUGCUAACAGCUCAGGGACUGUUUUGAUUUUGGAAUCAAAAGUUCUUCUGUUACGCUCAUUCCAUAUCAUCCAAGAGGUGAGGAUAACUAUGGAAUCGAAGCACAUUCGAUCCGCCUUUGCCACUCGCUUGCGAGAAGUCGUCCACCAAUCUGCGAGCGGAUGUUGCGGAAAUUUUCUGCAGCGGCCUGCGGCCGUGCACCUUCGGAGUAACUCCUACAGACCUACAAGCUACAGCUGUGCACACUCCCAUGAUUUUCCCAAAACGCCCAUGCUUCGAUCUUAUCCCCUCAGCUGGACAGCUGUGAAAUGUACAGGUGCUGGUGCUGCAAAUUUUGGGGAAAGGUAUGCGCUGUCAGCUGGAGGGAGUUUCACACCUCAUGUCAUCAUCGUGGGUACUGGGGAGGAUGUGGCGGCGCGCAUAAUGUCGUUUUCUCAGAAUGGUCCACGCUCGGUUUGCAUCCUCUCUGCCAAUGGGACAAUAUCUAAUGUAACAUUGAGGCAGCCGGAUACAUCUGGUAGCACCUUCACCUAUGAGGGCCGUUUCGAGAUUCUGCAACUGAUGGGCUCCUUCACAAUGGCUGAGGAAGGCAGGAGGAGAACUGGUGGGCUCAGCGUCUCCCUUGCUGGCCCUGAUGGCCGUGUAGUUGGCGGUGUCGUGGCCGGGAUGCUGCGUGCUGCCAGCCCUAUACAGGUGAUCGUGGGAAGCUUCCUGCCCAACAGCUUGAAGCAGCAUCAGAGGAGGAUGAGCCUGCAGCAACAAGCAUCCGCUAUCCCGGCACUGCCGGCACCACCGGUGCCCCCUCCGGUCCUCACAGCCGCAACGCCAAUUUCCCAGGCAUCUCCCGGCAACGGCUUCCACGCGCCGCCGCCCUCAGCCGCCAUGCCGCCGCAGCCCCACGCCAGCACAGAGGAGCACGGCGCCAUGAACCUGAACGCGACGGGGUUCACCAUGGUCGGCUGGCCUGCGAGCUCACAGCCGGCGGCGCGCAGAGCUUCCCCUGACAUCAACGUCAGCCUGACUCCCCAGGAGUAGUGGAAGUGAUUGCCAUUUUUUUUGUCGCCUGAUCCCUGACACAUUUUGUAGGGCAUGGCACUUGAUUGAUGCCCAUGGGUGGGGAGAAACUGAAGCUAGAAUGAUGAAGUAAUGUUAAUCUAGACAUGAUCAGUAGAACGUGGUAGAUGCUCUGAUGGACUAAUCUGUUUCUCUUC